UAGCAGAGGGCGUGCGGAGCACUGAUUUUUGUGGAACUCCUGCGGGGCGCGCGCCGGCGGAGUCGCGGUGAGCGCUGCUCGGGCGCGCGCCUAGCUCUCAGCUCGGAGCGCAGUGGGGUGGCGCUCGUGCUCGCCCUCCUGCGGCUCCAGGCUGCAGGCGCUUGGGAGCGCCGCCGGGUAGCUAGCUGGAGACUGCCGCAUCUUUUGUGAGGCGCGGGGCGGCAUGUGGACGUUGCGGUAUCUCUUCACGUCUGCACGGGCUCCGGAGACAAUGGACCGAGAUGGGAUCACGGAUUGAUUAAGGGCGCCGGCGGGGCGGCGAGCCGCGCGGGAGGAAUCAUGACUUCUGCCGCCGAGAUAAAGAAACCACCAGUGGCCCCCAAGCCGAAGUUUGUGGUGGCAAAUAAUAAGCCAGCUCCCCCUGCUAUUGCACCCAAACCUGACAGUGUGGUUGCAAGCACUCCACAGUCCACAAAGAAAACCAAACCAGCUAUUGCACCCAAACCAAAAGUUCUGAAGAGCUCACCUGUGGAAGAGCUGUCGCCGUCACUGCUGAGGAGAACUGGGACCCAGGAAGAACAAAAACCAGGGGCGCCCCAAAGCACUGACAGCUUUAAUUGCAUAAGUAUAGGGGAUCAGAGCAGCGAUUGUGUUUUACCAAAGUGUCCCUGUGGUUCUGGAUGCAUCUGUAAGCUUGAGAAUAAAAACAUGAGUGUAAAGCAGCUUGUUUUAGAGCCCUUGGAAAUGAAAGAAAAUUUGGAAAACAGUAAAAUGGAUAAGUCCUCUUUGAUGAUAAAAACUCAGAUGAAAUGGAAUUCUGGUGAAAAGUGUAGGAGCCAGAGCGGAGUGAUUUUAAAGGCAAGCAUCUUAGAAGCCAAGCUCAAAGACGCUUUGAGACAACAGAUGUCAGCGUUCGGUUACCCGCAGAAGCACAUAUCUGCAGGCAGCUUAGAAAUAAAUGGGGGUGGCAGCACCAUUGAAGGCUUUGGCGUUGAUCUGCCAGAUGCCUCCCCUUGCCCGUCCAGCUUUGAGAAGGUGCCUGUUUCUCCGAACUGCCACUUGCAGCAUCCUAGGGGUGAAUUUCAAAACCUUGAAACUUACAAGGAGGGAAGCAAAAAAAGUAAUAAUUACUUUGAUUCCUCUGAACCAGAAGCUCUGGGAAAUGAUAAAAAGGAUAUGUUUAUACCUUCAGGUGAAGUUAGUAAGAAUACAAAAGUGAAAGACCUCAGUCCCGUAGCAGUUGACUCAGUAACCGGCAGCCCCAAAUUUCCUACCCCGAAGCCCAGAAGGACGCGUCUGUUACGCCAAAAGCAUGUAGACAGUCCUAGUGAAAGUGCCGCGGAACCAGAGGAUGACUCUAAUAGCUGUUCUUGUCCAGGUGAAGUUAGUUUGAAAAACAGCGAAGUCAGUGUUCUUGGGGAGAAUGUUCUGUGUCACCAGGAUUCAGUGAACAAAGUGACACCAGGCGAUAAAAGUGAACUGAAUGGCAGCUCCAGUGGGGACAGACAAGAUCUGUGUCAUGGGACAUCUUCCCUCGAGAACACAGCACCUUCUUUAGAUACAGACUCUAAUUUGAGUUCUGACAGCAGGGCAGACGUAGAUGGUCCUAAUACAUCACAUGAUGCGGACAGAGGGACCUAUUUUACCAAAUCCAACACUCUGUCUUGGAGCCUGCCUAAGCAGCUGACAUUAACCUGCAGUGACCAUCUGCCAGCAGGGAACCUGGGAAUGUCCGCCCCUUCAGUGCAGAAGGGUUGUAUGGUGAAACAAGCAAGUUCCUCAAGAACUGUCCCCAAGAAACCUCAGAGGCACAGCUUGCCUGCUACGGGAGUGCUUAAGAAGGCUGCCUCUGUGGAGCUGGUGGAGAAAAGUUCUUAUCCCUCAGCCGAAAUAAAAAGUUCAGGGGAGGUUCUAGAAGGAAAUCACCUUCAGCAUUUCUGUACCCCAGGCCAGGCUGUGUCGUCAUCCUGCUUUGAUAUGCCUAAACGGACUUCAGAGAAGCCGGUGUGGAAAUUACCUCAUCCUAUUUUACCCUUUCUGGGGAACUCAGAAUCCUUAAAGUUUGUCACUGUGUCUUCCAGUAGUGAUGCUUCCGUUGCCCUGCCCAAGCCAAGAGCCAAGUCAAUGUCCUCAGUGGAUCUGGACAGGUGCACCAAGCCUUGCAAGCACUCGCCUAAGAAAAACUCUUUCAGACAGUUGUUCAACAGGAAGCUGUCCAUGUGUUUUAUGAAGGGAGACUUUCCAAAAUUGCGGUCCAGGAGUAGCCAGGCUGGAGACACAAACAGAGCUUCCCUGUGGGCCGGGGGACGGGGUGGACUUGGGGGUGACUGGAGUGGCCUGAUGGUGGCUGACUUGGAGAGGAGAGGCAAACCUAGCAAGGCCUAUUCCGCCGAUCACUACAGCCCGGAGACUAAGAAGAAGAAGAAGAAGAAGAGGUCCUGGGGCGGGACUGGUGUAGCUAAUGGUCCAAAAGCAGAGUCUCUGGAUGACCAAGUGCUCUCCAGGGAGCCCUCCUCCCUGGAGCCCGGCAAGGGGGUGACAAGUGUCUGUGCGCCAGAGUACGAAAACGUGCGCCACUACGAGGAGAUCCCGGAGUACGAGAACUUGCCCUUUGUGACCGCUGCGGGGAAAACUCUGGAGUUGGAAGGGUGGAAUUCCAGCAGCACCGAGGACACCGAUGCAAAUGUGUACGAGGUAGAAGAGCCGUGCGAGGCUGCGGGUGACCAGCUGCCCCGGGGGCCCGGAUAUCCGUGUUCCAGCAGCUCCGGACCAGCCCCGGGGGAACCCAGGGAUCCUGACCUCAGCCUCGUAGACCCGCCUUCGGACGAGGAUGAGGUCAUCAACAGCUCCGAUGAGGAAGACGGUGGAUCUGGGUCGAGUAAAGGGGAGCCUGAGCCACUGGAAGAAAAGCAGGAGGAAGGCACUGGUGUGAAGAGCAAAGUCCAUCACAUCGCAGAGGAGAUCAUGAGCUCCGAGAAAGUGUUUGUGGAUGUGUUAAAACUGUUGCAUAUUGACUUUCGGGAUGCCGUGGCCCAUGCUUCCAGGCAACUGGGGAAGCCCGUGAUUGAAGACCGGGUCCUGAAUCAAAUCUUGUACUACCUGCCCCAGCUCUACGAGCUCAACCGAGAUCUCCUGAGUGAACUGGAGGAAAGAAUGUCUAACUGGACCGAGCAACAAAGAAUUGCUGAUAUCUUUGUAAAGAAGGGCCCCUAUCUGAAAAUGUACUCCACAUACAUCAAAGAAUUUGAUAAAAACAUAGCUUUGCUGGAUGAGCAAUGCAAGAAAAACUCGGGUUUUGCUGCUGUUGUGAGAGAAUUUGAGAUGAGCCCUCGCUGCGCCAACCUGGCCCUCAAGCACUACUUGCUCAAGCUGGUCCAGAGGAUCCCGCAGUACCGGCUGCUGCUGACAGAUUAUUUGAAGAAUCUCUUAGAAGACUCUGCAGAUUACAGAGACACUCAAGAUGCCCUUGCUGUGGUGAUCGAGGUGGCCAACCAUGCCAAUGACAGCAUGAAGCAGGGCGACAACUUCCAGAAGGUCCUGCGCAUUCAGUACAGCCUGAGCGGGCACCGAGAGAUCUUGCAGCCGGGACGGGUUUUCCUGAAGGAAGGCGUCCUGAUGAAGCUGUCCCGGAAGGUCAUGCAGCCGCGCAUGUUUUUCCUGUUCAACGACGUCCUGCUGUACACCACCCCGCUGCAGUCCGGGACCUACAAGCUGAACAACAUACUGUCCCUGGCCGCCAUGAAGGUCAGAAAGCCCAGCCAGGAGGCCUAUCAGAACGAAUUAAAGAUCGAGAGUGUCGAGCGCUCCUUCAUCCUCUCAGCCAGCUCUGCCCAAGAGAGAGAUGAGUGGCUGGCAGCCAUUACUGGGGCCAUCGAGGACCAUGCCAAGAAGAGAGUCACCUUCUGUCCUGGUAGGAGUCUUGAUGAGGCCGACUCGGAGAGGAAAGAGGAAGUGACUCCCCUGGGUUCCAAGGCGCCUAUCUGGGUUCCAGACACCAGGGCCACCAUGUGCAUGAUCUGCACCAGGGAGUUCACGCUCACCUGGAGGCGACACCACUGCCGCGCCUGUGGGAAGGUCGUCUGCCAAGCCUGCUCCUCAAACAAGCAUGGCUUGGAUUACUUGAAAAACCAACCUGCAAGAGUUUGUGAACAUUGUUUCCAAGAACUGCAGAAACUAGAUCACCAGCACUCCCCGAGGCCCAGGCCUGCUGUGAGCCACAAGUCUCCAUCCAGUGCCUUGACUUCGGUGCUCCAGUCCAUCCCCUCUGGACGGAAGCAGAAAAAAAUCCCUGCAGCUCUCAAAGAAGUACGGGCCAGCGCGGAGGACUCCACCAUGAGCGGCUACCUGCACCGGGCGAAGGGCGCCAGGAAGCCAUGGAGGCAUCUCUGGUUUGUCAUCAAGAACAAAGUGCUGUAUACAUACGCAGCCAGCGAGGACGUGGCGGCAUUGGAGAGUCAGCCUCUGUUAGGCUUCACAGUCACCCGGGUCAGCGAUGACAGCGCAGACCCGAGAGUGUUCCAGCUGCUGCACAAGGACAUGGUGUUCUACGUUUUCAAAGCAGAGGACGCACAGUCAGCGCAGAAGUGGAUGGAGGCGUUUCAGGAGGGCACCGUGUUGUAGCUGUGUCGCUUUCACCUGUUCACCAGCACCAUGGACUCAUCAGGAUGGAGUGAAGGCCAAAUUUUAUAGAAAUAAACACUGCCAAGAUAGAUCUAACUAAACUUUUUCAGAUAUCUCAGAUACAAGAAAUUAUUUUGUUAGAUAAAAGUAGUUUUUUAAAAAAUGUUUGCUUUUUUCAUGUAUUUAUUAAAAUUGUAAUGUUUACUUAAUGGUCAGAAUUAUUUCUGAGUCUCAUACUGAAUUCUAAAAGUACUAUUUCUCGAGAGACCAGAAAUUCUAUUUUUUCUAUAGUAUUUGUGACCCACCCACACUGUGUUCUCUGCUUUAACUUGUGACAUCUCUCACUAGUUGUGAACCUUUGUAAGUAAAAAACACAGAAAGCAAAUUUCAAUGCAAUACUUGGUUCAGAAAUUAUCACUGCCAGGCAUAAUUGCACAGGCCUCUUGUAAUCCUAGCAUUUGAGAAGCUGAGGCAGGAGAAUCUGUCUCCUCAAAUUUAAGGCCAGUCUGAACCAUAUAGUAAGACCCAGUCUCAAAACCAAAAUUCAGGAAAAGAAAGAAAGAAAUUAUGAUUAGUAUAAGACCACUGAAGAACAGCCAGGGAUUUAGCUCAGUGGCGUAAGUGCCUGCCUGGCAAGCGCAAGGUCAUGAGUUUGAUCCCCCAGUACAAAAAAAAAAAAAACUGCUUAAGAAAAUAUGUCUUUGAAUCAAUAAACCUAGAAAAUUUUUGUAUUUUAUAAUGGAAAAACACAUGACCAGCUUCUACCUCAGUAACUGUGAAAUGAAACUUAAGUCUUUAAUGUAUUUCUACUUUAUGUACCUCUUGUGGCAUGCAUUAAUGUUACAUCAUCAAACAAUUAUAGCAAAGGAUAGAAAUCUGACUUGUUUUAUGUAACUGUGUGACUUUUCAUUAAAUCUAGACUUUUUUAUCGCUAGCUACCAGUCCAGCAUAAACAUAAACAGAUUUUUAAAAAAUUUUUUGCCUUUGAGACAGGAUUUCACUAUACAGUUCAGGCUGGCCCUGAACUCACUUUGUAGCCCAGGCUGGCCUCAAACUCUCAGUGAUCCUCCUGCCUCAGCCUCCUGAGUGCUGAGAUUACAGGUGUGUACCACCAUGCCUGACCAGAUGUCUUUUAAAGUAGUAAAAUACUGAAAGUUUAUUUAUUUAUAUUUUUCUUUCCAGUCUUGGAGUUGAAUCCAUGCCUCCCAGGCAGAUUGUGCUGUUGUAAGGGGUGUUCUGUUUCUUUAUUUCUCGCCAGCAAGUGAGAUUCACUGUAAAUCUAAAAAGAACACUGCUAAGUUUCCUAUAAUGUUAUGCUUUUAAACAUGCACUGGAAUCAUUGUAUCGGAAAGGCACAAUUGCUAAGCCAGUAUUAGCUGAAAUUGUACAGUUUUUUUUUUGAAAGGUCUUUGAUUUCCUUGGUAUUUACUGCCAAAACCUUUCUUUCCAGCCAGUGUAUCAGGCUCGUGAGGAAGCACUCCCCCUAGGCACAGGUCUGGUGCCUCUGUUUUUAACCUGUGAGUCAUUUUAUGUACAACAUUACUGGACAGCAAAAAAAAAAGAGGCAUGGUUAAAAUUGUGCCUGAUGUUCAUAAUAAACAUUUUGUGGACUGAAUUCAAAUAAAAGGCAUGGUUUCCCACAGAACCAAGGCAUAGUGGCAUAUGCCCGUGGUCCCAGAAGUCCAGGGAGCUGAGGCAGGAGAAUCACCAGUUCCAGCCUAAAGGAUUCAGCAACUUGGUGAGAGCCUGUCUCAAAAUAAAAAGGAGUGGGAUGUAGCUCACUGCAAUGGUCCCGGUACCAUAUUUCUUGCUAUGACAUCGUUUUAAACCCUGUGUAACCUCACAGUCCUUGACAUGCUCUCCUCGCAGGUCUUUCUUAAGGCAGGGUCAGUCUUCUGUUCAGUUUAGGCCAGGCUUAAACUUGAACUCAUGAUUCUCCUGCUUCAGUCUCUUGAAUACUAAGAUUACAGGCAUGCACUACCAUGUCUAACUAUCUUUUUGUGGGAGGAUUUGGGUUUUUUUUCUUUGGUUUUGUCUUUUUUUUUCCUUCGUCUUUUUUGUUUUUAUCGGUACCAGGGAUCGAACUCACGACUGCCUGCUUGCAAGGCAGGCGCUUAUGCUGCUGAGCUAAAUCCCCAGCCCCCGGUUUUGUCUUUUUGAGACAGGGUUUGCUAUAUAGUUCGAGUUGGCGUUAAACUCACUUUGUAGCCUAGGUUGGUCUCAAAUUUACAACAAUCCUCCGGCCUCGGCCUCCCAAGUGCUGGGAUUACAGGCAUGAACCACCACUCCCAGCUAUGUUCUCUUUUUUUGUACCAGGAAUCAAACAUGGGACUUUGUGCUUGCCAGGUGCUUUGCCACUGAGCUGUAUCCCUGGCCCUUGGUUUUUUGAGAAAGGACCCCAUCAAAUUUCAAGCUGGCCUUCUACUCACUGUGUAACCCAGGCUGGCCUCAAAUUUAUAGAGCUCUUCCUGCUCAGUUUUCUUAGUGCUAGGAUUACAGACGUGCACCACCACACCCAGAACCCUGCUGUUAAUAGACUUUGGCUGAAGUCUUAUCUCUCCUCAGGAACUGCAGUCACUUCUCCUGGGCUGUAUAGUUCAGCACAGAGUGCUUGCCUAGCAUGUGCAAAGCUCUGGGUUUGAUUCCAGCACUGGAAAAAAAUAAAAUGUGACCCAUUCUG